AUGGAUUUCAAUAACCCUAAUGCGUACGGCGGCCAGUUUGCCAAUUCCCCGCAACACGCCCAGUUUGAUCCACAGGCGCGCCUCCAGCAGCAACCAAACGCUCCAGGCCAGUAUGCCCAGCACGCCCCGUUCGCCGGCAUGGGUGGCGCCAUGGGAAAUAGUGUCAUGCCGUCUGGAGCCCCAUAUCUCCAGCAGCGAGGUAAGCCACAACAGCAACAACACCAGCUGUCGUCGCCUAGCCCAUACUCGAGCGCGCCCUUCGCGCAGCCCAUGCCCUCGCCUGCUCACCAGCAACAGUUUGCGCAGAACCGCCAGACUGCCUCGCCCGCAAGCGUCACCGGACAGCCGCCCUUUGCGACCCCCCAGCCCCAGCCCUCGCCCGGCACCUUGCCUACAAACGGCCACCAGACACCCAUGAAUCUCCAGCUACCCAUCAAGUCGGAGCCGCUUCAGCUGCAGACGCCCGUCAAGGCAGUGCCCCCGUCGCCCAUGUCGCCCAGCAAUCCGGCGCGUAGUCAGGACCGCGUCGCGACGCUCCUCGAGAUCAACAGCAUACUCAUCAAGGAGGUGUGCGAUCUGCAGGCACAGGGCAAGGCGGGUCAUGUAGGACCCACGCCUGAGGGCAAGCCCGAGGGCGAGAAAGCGCAGCCGUCCAAGGACUACAUGCGACGCCUACAAGCCAACCUAGCCUACCUCGCCCAAAACGCCGAAAAAGUGCCCAAACCAGGCCAACAAAUGCAACCGGGACCUGCCAUCAUGUCUGUUCCCCCUUCGCAUGCAGACCUCGCCAAGCUCUACACCAAGCUCCAAGAACUAUUCCCCGGUUGGAAGGGCCAGUCAGCCCAGAUGAAACAAUCCCCGGGCCCACAACGCGUCGCUUCGAAUCCCGGUCCACAGCAACUUCAACAACAGCAACAACAACAACCGCCGAAUAGUGCAGGCUUGCAUCAGAGUUGGGGGCCAGGGGUUAUGCAACAGAGCUUGCAGCUUGCGCAGCAACAGGCUCAGCAGCAGCAGCAACCACCAACAUAA